GAACCACCCAACACCCAACACCCAAGACCUUCAAUUCCUUAGAAAAACCCCAUUGGUUGAUCAAGAAUGAGACCAAGUUUAAUUCAUCAAAUUAGAGUUUUAGUACCCAUCAAACGGACUAUCGAUUAUGCAGUAAAGAUUCGAGUUAAUUCAGCUAAAACUGGAGUAGAAACAAAUGGAGUUAAACAUUCAAUGAAUCCAUUUGAUGAAAUAGCCGUAGAAGAAGCGAUCAGAUUGAAAGAAAAACUAGGCGAAAAGAUUGAAUCGAUCACCUUACUGACCAUCACUUCUAACAAAAAAGGAGGUCAAGAAGUUUUACGUACAGGUUUAGCCAUGGGAGCCGAUUCAGGAAUCUUAAUAGAAUGGCCGUCGACCAAGCCUGAUUGCGAUCCCGAACCAUUAUCGGUUUCUAAAACGAUUCAAAAAGUGAUUCAAAAAUUAGGAGAAAAGAAACCUGAUUUGAUUAUUUGUGGUAAACAAUCGAUUGAUGAUGAUUCAUCACAAGUAGGUGGAAUGUUAUCGGGUUUAUUGAAUUGUUCUUUAGCACAAUAUAUCAGUUCGAUCGAAUUUGAUGCCAAUCAGAUGAGUUCGGCUAAAGUCAGUCGAGAGAUUGAUGGAGGGAUUGAAGAAUUAAAGGUACCUUUACCUGCUGUGGUGACGACUGAUUUAAGAUUAAAUGAACCUAGAUAUGCUUCAUUACCUAAUAUUAUGAAAGCAAAGAAGAAAUCAAUUAUUACUUAUACAACAGAAGAACUUGGAAUAGAUACAAACAAUCGAUUCGAAAUCUUAAAAGUAGAAGAACCACCUAAACGAAAAGGAGGAUUAAAAGUCGAAAAUGUAGAUGAAGUGAUUCAUAAAUUAAAAGAAGUUGGUGCAUUAUGAUUUGGUUUGACGAUAAACUUUUUUAGAUUGGCUUUUUUGCUUCUUUCUUACAUGAAAUUCAUUUGGUCUUGUGUUUUGUAUUUGAGUGCUUCUUUUCUCUCAUUUGCAUUUCAUGGUGUACUAUUAUUAUUAUUUGAAUCAAAUGUCGUUUAUCAUUCUUGAUUUUCAAAGGUGGCAAACCUUUGAAACUGAUGAUUAGCUUCAAUGCUUGUGUU